ACGGGGUCCCGUCCCGAUCUGCCGGCUCCGAGCAACCUCUGCCGCCUGCUGCAGACCGGAAUGGGCGCGGUUUGAUGUCGCCGUCUGCCCUGCGUGGUUUGUCGCCAUGGCCGAUACAAUCUUUGGCAACGGGAACGACCAGUGGGUCUGCCCCAAUGACAGGCAGCUAGCGUUGCGGGCCAAGCUUCAGACCGGCUGGUCGGUACACACGUUCCAAAGCAGCCGGCAGAGGAAGACGCAGGCGCUGAACGCCAAGGAGAUGGAGGUCAUCCUCGAAGUCGUCCGCCGGGCGGAGAAACUGGACGUUGUCGAACAGCAGAGGAUUGGGCGCCUGGUGGAGCGGCUGGAGAACAUGCGGAAGAAUGUGAUGGGCAACGGAUUAUCUCAGUGCCUGCUCUGCGGGGAGGCUCUGGGGCUGCUGGGGAGCACGGCGGUCUUUUGCCAAGACUGCAAAAAGAAAGUCUGCACCAAAUGUGGGAUUGAAACCCUGAGCGCCCAGAAGCGGCCCAUCUGGUUCUGCAAGAUUUGCAGUGAGCAGAGAGAGGUUUGGAAGCGGUCCGGCGCCUGGUUCUACAAGGGCCUCCCCAAGUACAUCUUGCCUUUGAAAAGCGGCAGCAGCAAAGCCUGCGAUCAGCCCCUGAGGCCUCGUCACCUGGAGCCGCCAGCGAUGGACGCGAAGGGGGUCUCCCCCCGUCAUUCCUUCACCUGGGCCAGAGGAAGAGUGGUCUCUAGUGAUAGUGACAGCGACUCUGAGUUCAGCUCGUCGAGUCUGGAUGACCGGUCCUUGCUCGCAGGAUCUAAGGGUUUCAAGAUCAGACAACACCGAGCGGAAUCUGUGUCCAGCAGCGAAGUGGCCCGGACCCCCACCAGGACCCCCAGCCGCGCCUUGGGGAGCAUCUUGUCGGAAAGCCAGAGCAGCCUCUGCAGCGAGAGGGGAGGAGCCUUGAGCGCUACGGAGAGCUGCCACAGCGACCUCCCGGCUGAAGACGAAGACAGCGAUGCCGGCCGCGGCGUCUCUGGGAAAAGACGCCUUCUGUCAAGCCCGCGGCGUUGAUGGGGGUCCCAGCUCCUCCCUGAGAGGUUUCCUCUAAACCGAUCCGCUGUGCAGAAGCCGGGCUGGACUGUGUGACCCGGGACUUUUGGGGCGGGUGGGGAACCAAAGACGCACGCCAGCCUUACUGACCUGAGCUUGCCACUGUGCAGAUGGCGAUGU